GAUUUCGGAGUGUUUUUCAUAAGCAGAAGGAGACUCAGAGUCCAAAACCACAAGGAUGAAGACGAUUGCAGUGCUGAUUCUUGCCUUCAGCUGCUGUCUAAGUGAAGCGCAAGUUAAAGAAAAUGGGGACAUCGCUGAUCAUUGUACAGGAUCAAGCAGGUGCUGUGAAAUAUGCGGCCUCACUUCUGUAGCCCGAAACCUGGGAGCUGUGGAAGAGAGAAUCACAAACAUGGCAGAGAAAAUAACACUUCUGGAGUCCAAGUUGCAAAAUACUGAAAAAGAAGUCCUGGAGCUACGGAGCCUCACCACAAGCACACCUCAGGUGGCCUUUUCUGUAGCUCUCAGGGACUCUGGCAGUGGAAACAUUGGACCUUUCAACAUUGACACCCCACUAAAGUACAAGAAGGUCUUCUCAAAUACUGGCAAUAACUACGAUCCUUCAACAGGCAUUUUCACAGCAGUGGUCGGAGGAAUGUACUUCUUUCGAUUCUCAAUGUUCAACAACUUGGCUUCUACUCCCAGCUCUGUUUUGAGCCUCAUGAAGAACGGCCAACGGCUGGUAUCUGUGUGGGACACCUCAGGGACUGACGCUAACGACAUGGGCAGCAACGCUGCGGUCAUCGCCCUCAGCGCGGGUGACAGUGUGCAUAUCGAGCUCCCGGCAAACAGGAUAGUCUAUGAUGAUUCCAUGAACUACAACACCUUCACUGGUUUUCUGCUCUUCACCAUGUGAUUCAAACAACACAAUUUAAUGUCUGCAUAGCUCUUCAUGCUUUUGCAAUAAAACAUCCAACUUUAUUAUCUCUGACUAACUAACUGUUAAUUAUGGAAAGUGGAAAGAAUAAUUAAUGUAUCAUAAAUCAGACAUGUUUAGGGGACUGAUAAAGUGUGUGCAAUUUGGUGCAGAUCCAAAUAAAAUGUGGAUCAUGUGAUUUUAAAUGUGGUUUCAUAAGGGGGCUGUUGGGCCUUGGCAAAGGUAUUGACUCUACUAGUUAGUAAUGUUAGUGUCUGUUGACUUACACACACAAAUACACACAAUGGUAAGAUUGUAAAUUAUAAAGAUAAUAAAGUAAUAAAAUAAAUACAAAAGCA